AUGACAUCACUAACUCCGCCUGUACCUCCCUUCCAGAGCAAGAACACCCUCCACAAGUUCUGUGACUCCCUCCUGACCAAGAAGAACAAAAUCAACUCUCUUAUCCGAGACCUCGAUCAGAACUACGGCUGUGACAAAGCUGUGAAGAGUCGCGAGAGUCUCGAGGAGCACCUGGCUGAGAUCGACAAACAGCAUGAGACUUUGAACGAGUUGCGAACCAACGGGGAUGUGUAUGGCUGGAACGAUCAGCUUAUGAAGGAUGCCGAAGGCAAGAUGAAGGCUGCGACUUUGAAGUGUUCUGGCCAGCAUUAG